CCAUAGUCACUCCCAAAGAUGCAGACCAAACCCAUCCACAACACCCCAACAUACAUUCCUCCACCCAUUAGGCCAUCGCCUCCGGUGCACCAAACCCCCUCCUCCACACCACCGACCAAACCCCGUGCAAUAUCCAUUUCCACACCCAAUAUUCCGGUUGCCAUACCAAUUCCACCAACUAUUGAACCUGAUGACUCCAUAGCCGCAUACUAUGACUACCAAUUCUUGUUCAUGUCACAAAGAUCCGAAGCAACUCGACCCAUUACUCUGAGCACCGUGGAAGGUGUGAUCCCGGUCGAUUUCCCCACCGGCACGUACUACCUAACCGGACCGGGGCUUUUGACCGAUGACCACGGCUCCACGGUUCAUCCUUUGGAUGGGCAUGGUUACUUAAGAGCAUUCACCUUUGAUAAUGUUACUAAGAAUGUGAAAUACAUGGCUAAGUACAUUAGAACGGAAGCACAUGUAGAGGAACAUGACCCCGAGACCAAGAAGUGGAAAUUCACACAUAGAGGACCAUUUUCGGUGUUGAAGGGUGGAAAAAAGGUAGGGAACACUAAGGUCAUGAAAAAUGUGGCUAACACUAGUGUACUAAAGUGGGGAGGGAAACUCCUGUGCAUGUGGGAAGGUGGGGAACCGUAUGAGAUCCAAGCUGGUACGUUGGAUACGAUUGGACAAUACAACAUCAUGGAUGCUGUUGAUUUGGAAGAUCAUCAUGAUGAGAGUAGAGGUGGUGAUGUUUGGGAGGUGGCUGCCAACAUACUGAAGCCUAUAUUAUAUGGAGUGUUUAAGAUGCCCCCAAGGAGACUCUUGUCUCACUACAAGGUUGAUUCUAGAAGAGACAGGCUACUCACUGUGUCAUGCAAUGCAGAAGACAUGUUGCUUCCACGCAGUAAUUUUACAUUUACGGAGUACGACUCAAAUUUCAAAGUAGUGCAGAAGCAAAAUUUCAGAAUCCCAGAUCACUUGAUGAUCCAUGAUUGGGCUUUCACAGAUACCCACUACAUAGUGUUUGCCAAUCGCAUAAAACUCGAUGUACUAGGAUCAAUGGCAGCAGUGUAUGGGAUGUCUCCAAUGAUAUCAGCAUUAAGAGUUAACCCAAGUAAGAGCACAUCUCCUAUAUACCUGAUUCCAAGGUUUCCAGAGAAGCAAAAGGGCAAGGAGAGAGAUUGGAGAGUACCAGUUGAAGCACCUUCACAGUUGUGGUUGCUUCAUGUUGGCAAUGCCUUUGAAGUUAGACAUCAACAUGGGAAUUUGGACAUCCAAAUACAAGCUGCUGCUUGCUCUUACCAAUGGUUCAAUUUCAGCAAAUUAUUUGGAUACGACUGGCAAAAGAGGAAGCUAGACCCUGCAAUAAUGAAUGUCAAAGGUGGAACUGAGUUAUUGCCUCAUCUUGUUCAGGUAUCUAUAAAAUUAGAUUCAGACUACAAUUGCCAAGAAUGUAAUGUGAAGCCCAUGAAGAAAUGGAAGAAAUCCUCAGAUUUUCCGACGACCAACCCAGCAUUUUCCGGGAAGAAAAACAAAUAUCUGUACGCAGCAACAACUUUAGGAUCUCGAAAAACAUUACCAUGUUUCCCUUUCGACACUGUAGUGAAACUAGAUCUAGACAAUGAUUCUGCACAAACUUGGAGUGCUGGAAGAAGAAGAUUCAUUGGUGAACCCAUUUUUGUUCCCAAAGGUGACGGAGAAGAUGAUGGCUAUCUUCUUGUCGUUGAGUAUGCUGUUUCAAUGAAUAGAUGCUACCUCGUCAUCUUGAACCCAAAAAGGAUAGGAUCAGAUAAUGCCCUUGUUGCCAGGAUCGAAAUUCCAAGUCACUUAAAUUUCCCUCUGGGUUUUCAUGGUUUCUGGGCAGCUAAUUAGAUAAAACCCUAAUUACGUUAUUACAAAUUUUCUUUUUAUAUUGAAAAUUCAGAAAUUAUAUUCAAUAUUGAUGCAAUUGAUUGUAUAGUUUCAUGAUACGAUUAUUUAUUAAUACGUAGUUGUAAGGUUUUAUCUAAAGUGAGCUAGCCAUGUAAAGUUGUUAGCAAUCAA